GAUUUUACUUAAAUUUAAAACUUCCUAAGAAUUAGUGCAUGCAACAUUGAUUAUUUGCAUACUUUUGUCCCACUAAUUUUGAAAGCUAUGAUGUGUCAAAGAACAUGGAAGGGAUAGCACUUUAGAUUAUCAUGAUGUAUAUAAUAAUAUUGACUUUGUUUGGGUGGGGAGAGAUGAAUUAUGGACCACUAUUUCCAACUUUUUGUUUUAUCCAAUAUAAAUUAAUGUAUUGGUAGUGGUAUAUAAAUAGCAUCCAUUUGUUCGAAAAUGAUAUAUGAAUCACUUGCAGAAAUGGGAAAGUAUGAGUUGUUUAUGGUGAUAUUAUUGAUAGAUAUACUAGUGAGUGGAUGGAGGUUUGAUGGACAUGGUUUGGUUGAUGGUCUGAGAAUGGAUUAUUAUUACUUGAUGAAUUGCCCAUUUGCAGAGGGAAUAGUGAAGAACACUGUGAAUAGGCAUUUACAAGCUGAUCCUACUCUUGCUGCUGCCCUUGUCAGGAUGCACUUCCACGAUUGCUUCGUUGAGGGAUGUGAUGCAUCGGUGUUGAUUGAUUCAACAAAGGGUAACACAGCAGAAAAGGAUUCGCCAGCAAAUUUGAGCUUGAGAGGGUAUGAAAUCAUUGAUGAAGUGAAGAAAGAGCUCGAAAAGCAAUGCCCUGGAGUCGUCUCGUGUGCUGAUAUUCUUGCCAUGGCUGCAAGGGAUGCUGUCUUCUUUGCUGGAGGUCCGGUGUAUGACAUACCAAAAGGAAGAAAGGAUGGAACAAGAUCAAGAAUAGAAGACACAAUCAAUCUGCCUUCCCCCACUCUCAAUAGUUCGGAGCUUAUCAGAAUGUUUGGCCAACGUGGCUUCACUGCUCAAGAGAUGGUGGCUCUAUCUGGUGCACAUACACUAGGAGUGGCGAGAUGCUCAUCAUUCAAGCACAGAUUGAGUAACUUUGACUCAACACAUGAUGUGGACCCAACUUUGGAUGCCCAAUUUGCCAAGACUCUAUCAAAAAGAUGUAGUGACAAUUCUGAGCAGGCCUUUGACACCACAAAAGACACUUUUGACAAUGACUACUAUAAUGCUUUACAAAGGAAGAAUGGUGUCCUAUUCUCUGAUCAAACUCUUUUCAAUAACCCUAGAACUAGAGGCAUUGUCAAUGCUUAUGCCUUUAAUCAAGCCAUGUUCUUCCUUGAUUUCCAACAAGCCAUGGUUAAAAUGGGUUUACUUGAUGUCAAAGAAGGCUCCAAGGGUGUAGUGCGGGCCAACUGUCGUAUCAUCAAUUGAUUAUUGGUAUUUUCAUAUAGAUGUAAAGUCUGUUGCUACCACUUUUUAUUUUAUUUAUUAUUAUAUAAUAGCCAAAGCAAUAUGGUUUGUCUGUCGUUACUAUAUAUAUAUAAUCAUAUUUGAUUUAAAUAUAAAUUACAAUCCAAAACUUUGUACGUUCCUGUAACUCUAUGGAUGUUCUAGUCAUCACACUUUCAAUUAAACUUUAUUAUAUCUUUCUUUUUA